CUAUAUCUUGUUAAAUGAAUUUUAACUAAUGACAGAGACAGAGCAUCACCAGGCUGAGAUCAUCUAAGCUGUCAAGGUUGGGUCCGCUCCCAGCCGCUUCCAAAGCACAGCCAGCUUGAAAGUUUGGUGGCUGUCAAGUUUAUCUCCACACACCACGAGCCCAGUGAUACUUUCCCAGGAAAUAUCUGAGUGGAUUGCACUUUCACGGGCUUGCCGAAGCAGCGUCCCUGCCAGUUCCAAACCUCAACGCCGAGUCUUUCGUCAUAUCCUCCCGCAAGGUGGAUUUCCUUGCUUUUUCAGCAUGUUGCUCUUCAACCCCGAGGAACGUAUAAUUCAUCGCAGCUACACGACUCUGCCGUCAUUUAACAAAUAGGAAAGCAACUGUGGGACAUGGGAUGUGGGAGAUGGGAUUUGCACAAGCUCGACAGUAUUUAUCCCGACUUUAUAGGAGAACACCGAGGAAAGCGGCCGAAUCAGAAUCAAACAGAUCCGAGUCCACCACUCCUUUCGCGCCUGCGACUAUCAAUUUGGCUCAAAAGCUAGAGCUCUGUGCCAGUAACACUCCUAAAACACUUGACCUCGAUAUUGCAGACCAAGCAUUGGCUCAGCGCUCACAGAACAACAACAAUUCCUCACAAGUUGAUGUGCAGAAACAGCACAGCUCAAAAUACAGCGUCUCAGCUAUCACAGUCGAAACGCCUACCGAUCAGGCUGGGCAGCAAUCCCUUUCCAACAUCUCCAACAUCCGAUGUGCGUCAAGUCGCCACAAUAAGGAUUCAUUCCUCUCAGUUUCUCAGACUCCCCGCUCGGAUGAAUUGGUCCCUGCUAAGAAGCUGAGAAGGUCACCGAGAGCAGAAGCUCUUGCACUCAGGCCGAACCCAGACGAUCAGCUCACGUCAAGGCAUACGAGUAACCAAAGCAUCUUUUCCGAAAAGUCUAAUACGACUGUGCAUCGCUACCCCUCAAAAAGAUGUCAGAGUCCAAUAGCUACGCUAGAUGCGUUCAUCUCUCAACGGGCCAUUGAUCCUUUUUCCGAUAGCCAUGCGAUCAGACAGGCUUCAGAAGGGUCGUCACGUCAUCGAUCCUCACAGAAUACGACUGAUCGAGGCCAUAAUGCUGAACUGGGAAGCUCCCAUGACUUCCUGAUUUCCGAACUUAAGCAUGGUAUGCAUUCGGUGACCUUACCUGCUGCACCAAGCGGCAAUCAUUCGAUCUCGAGGAUACCAAGUAGCUCAUCCGACGGCACCUCACGAAGAAUCCUGGAAAGGAAAAGCACCGCGCGGAGGGAAUUCGCGAGGUCUAAGGCAUUCCUUGCAUUCAAUACCUCUGCUCCAUAUUUUGGACUUGAGUCCCUUAUCUCACCCAAAAUGCAUACACAGACCUUAGCUACCCCGGCGGUCAACCAGCCCAAUUCCUUUCUCCGUCGGAUCCGGACGGCGAAAUCAACCUUGACAAUAGGACGAAAGAAAAGUGUCAGGCAGAAACUGAGACGCAUGAAGACUUUGGAAAGCCUCACAGCACAGUAUCGCCCGGGGUCGUUGACAGGUAGAACUUUAGAGGACCUUUCUCGCCUUGGAGGAGAAAGCAUAUUGUCAAAGCUUCCUUCCCGAUACUUUCCUGGGACACUGAAGCUUCCAACUUGUAUCGCAGCAACCGUUAACGCAUUGAUAACACAUGGUACCGCUCUUCCAUUUAUCCACAGGGAGCCGGGCAAACCAGAGUUGGUUAACGCUUUGUACAGCUAUUAUGCAGGGCAAGUUUUGGGUGCGGAGAAGCUUAAGGAUAAGAUCAACAAGACCAUGAGACCGAUAGACCUCCCCAUGGAACAGAUAAAUGCUCGCGAACGUGGCCGAGCCGACAAGUAUAUGCAUGUCAUAUCUACUGUGCUCAAACACUUUCUUGCUGAGAUUCCUGGGGGCAUAUUCGGUUCCGUACGCUUAUUCCACGCACUAGAGGGGAUAUAUGAGAAUGAAUUUUCGCAUAUGAGUAGUCGCUACGACCCCGGCCGAAAGCAUUAUUUGCCGGAAAUAGCGCCUUCUCUAGCAGCUAAAGUCAGAAUGAUCGCGCUUGCAAUGAUGGCAUUGACAACUGAUGCACAGUUGGAGCUCAUUUUCUCCAUUUUUGGUUUGCUCGCAGUAACAGCAGAUGAAUCUCAUGUAAUGAAACAAUUUCACUAUGAUUGUCUCCACCCCAAAUUGGAAUGUGAUCGCUGUGCAGGGCUCACAGACUCUAUCCAGCUGGGAGAAAACUUUGGACAUCUUUUGUGUGGAAUUCGAGAACCUGAAUCGGCGGUGGGGUGCAAAACCUAUCAGGAGACACAUGCUGCCAAUAUCGCUACAAUGUUGAUUAUCCUGUGGAAAGAUAUUUCACGGCAGUUCUGCCGGUGGGAGCUCAUUGAAGCGUGAUCAAACUAUAGCUGCGGAAAUAUGUGAAUGAGCAGCACAAGCAUCUGCUGCUAUGCCAUAUGCUUAUCAGCAACAAAUAUUUAUUAUGAUGUUGAUGUGCAUUACUCCAAAACACGUUUAUCCAAUUAAAACACAAUUUUAAAAC